UUGGAGUAUUUAUCUAGAGUGGGGCUAGAAAGAUAUCAGUGGUGUCUAAAAAUUUUAUUUAUUCGUCAGUAGUCAACGUUGAGGCGCAUUAACUAUUUUUUAACAAGAACGAAUAUGGCGAAACUAAAACUAAUUUUGAUCUUAGCGGUUGUAAUUCUCAACUCAAAUUGCGAAGCAGCAACAGGUUUAGCGUCGAUAAACCAUAUCGGGCAGACUCUAAAGGACAUUGUAUCGACAAUCGGUAAAGUAGUGUCUACCUUUAGAAAGCACCAUCCACCGGUAACUGUCCAGAAGAACUUUACGCGUUACCAGCUGUUGGAAAACCUACCGUCGGUAAACUUAACAGAGCUCCCCAGUCAGAACAUUCAAAUGGAAAGAACCGUCCGACGGAUGAUGAAUCAUGUCAGAAAAAUGACUAACAAAAUACCUAAGUACACUGAGAGUAUAACAGAUACGUUGGACUCCAUGUUGGAAAUGGUGAUAGUAAAGCUAAAAAUUCAGAAAGACGCGUUCCGGACGCUAGACGAGGUGCUGGAGAAGAUCCAUAGACACUCUGCGGCUAUUGACCGGUUCUAUGUAGAUUUUAUAAAGUUUUCGCAGCCGAAACUCAAGGUGGCGCCCUCGACGAUUAAAGAGAUGGUCACGUCGAUCUUUUCUUACAAGGAGAACAAACUUAUUAUGAGCGUGGGGGGACUAAAAGGCUACUUCGAGCCAAAAGAGGGCGCUUUUAUGUAUGAAAUGUUUUUCAAGUACUUCAAUCCGAAGUUUCAGGCUCUAACAUUUGAUAGAAUAUGUGACUCUACCCUAUCACUCCAAGAAGAAAUAAAGAUGAUCUACAACCUAGUGAUGGUUCAAGAAUUAAGAGCCUUUAUGAUGACAGUCUUCUCUUACAAAUACGAAGAACUAAUUCAGCCAGAAAAUAACAAAUACGCGUUGAACUUAUUGAUAACUCAUUCAUUGGAGAGAAUGAGCAAAUACCUGCUCGCUAUCAAGGAGAUAACCGAAGGAGCUUCUCGCGAAAGAGUUAGGUGCGACCCACCGCAAUAUGAUCUAGACAUCAACUACUUCCGGCUGGAUUAUUUGUUCGGUCUGUACUACCUUAACGAAAGACAAGUCACCACAGCUUGCGUUCAUAAGAUGACUCCGUUGCUAACAGACAAAUCCGAAGAGUUUAAUACUUUUCCGUAUCAACAAAAGUCUAGUUAUGAACCACGGACUUUUAAAAACAAUGUAAUAUAUUCACCAGCUACAAAGUGGAACAAUUUUGAUAAAAUGCACCAAAAAAGCGACAUUGAACCAACUACGAUAAUUCGAAACAAAGUCCAGUGCUUGGACGAGACCCUUUACAGCGAGAAUUUGCUGGUACCAAAGUACUGUCCGACUGAUAACAAUAGGUGCAAUGGAAUUUUGCACCACUGCAAUGUUGUUCCAAGUGCGUCUUUCUGCGAAGCGGACAAGAGUUACGGAAGGAGGUACCAUUGGAUCAACAAUGGAACCAAUGAUACUUCAAGCUUGAAUUGCGAUGGUAGCUUCGUAGACACAAUGAUAGUCGCGACCUGCAAUAGUCUUCUUUGUCAAUGUUCUGAACAAGGCGCUGAAUCUUCUGCAAUCAGAACUGUUAGUCUGAUGCCCCAGGUUGCUGAUAUUGAACAUAAUAUGGUAAUGACAAACUUCCGUUUCCAAAAGAAGGACAAGGUGGUCCACCUCCAGAUCCAGCAAGGCCACCUCCUGCCAGAGGGCAAGAUCGACAACUCAACGAUAUCCUGGGUCCCUCUUCCGGACCUAGUGAACUACAGAAACGUCCCCGAGGGUUCUUUCUGGCUAAGAAAGGACUCCGGAGUCUCUCCGUUGGUCUACGACGUGGACUACACCUUCCUGAAGCACGACAGGAUGACUCUGAACCUGGACGACGUAGUCGCGGGCCCAGGCUUCGUCGUCACCGGAGUGAGACUCAACUACCGGACCGAAGACCCGGCCAACCAGACGACUCCAUUAGAGCUUCAGGUCCAUAUUACCCCUUACGAUUACUACCAAGGCCACCUGAAGCCAACAAGAAGCAACCCUUCGAGGUGGAUUAACAUUCAGAACUCCGGCGAGCACUCUGGAGCCUAUCAGCGCUUCAGAAGAGAAGUUGAUCUUUCAAAAUCCGACGACCCGCUUAAAUCUCCGAAGAAUAAUAUUAAUAUUUCCAGCCAGAACUUGUUCGUCAACUUCCAGAUGACUGAUUAUGAAAAAGACUUCGGGCAGCUCACUGUCCCGUACUUCGACUCUAGGGCCGCAGGUGUCGCUAGUCUCAGCGCUGUCAGUGGAGCGGGAAUAAUUCAUCGGGGUCAAAAAGGCUACGGAGGGUUCUUGGCUCCUAAACUCAUUAAUGUUGAUCAUGCUAGAUUUAUUGAUUUUGAUCUAAGUCAACAACAAAUUGAGCACUUUACUUCUUUUUAAUUGAUUAUUGUAAUUGACGUUUCAAUAAAUUUAACUAUACGAA